AUGUCGGGUUGGUGCUCGGGCUGGCAUACUCAACAGGCUACGCUGCUUUCUCUCGAGUCCAGAUUUGGUCCAUAUGUGACCCCAGCACCAUUCCGUGACGAGUUCCUGGCCAGGGCGAGCAAAAUCACUGGACCCGUUGGCCAAAGAUCGAUCCACGUACGCAUCUCCCACGACUGCUCGGCGGACCUUGAGACCCUCCUGAAAAAGAAUCUCGUGAAGGGGCCUGAGCUCGAUGUUAUCAGCCAUGAUAAGUUUUACACUUUUACCACGAUGUCGUCUCUACCAUUUACAUUGAACAACACUUCUCUCUUCCGCACGCAGACGUAUCGCCAUGGCGAAUGGAUCGAAGCAAAGUCGAAGGAGCGCUUUGAUGUGGAAGAUAUACUUCUAUUCAUCAACAAUUAUCGACCGGAAAACCACUGUUUGAAUCCUAAGGGGAGAUUGAUUACGCGACUGGAUUUACCUGGUGGUUUGCCGGUGAAGCUGAACGCGUUCGGGGAGAACAAAUUCUUUGGAAGCAUCAUUCUCCGUAAGGUCGGAGCGGCCCUCGCUGCGGGGUGUACGAUGAUAGCAAAGCCUUCCCCAGAAACCCUUUUGACCACACUUGCAUUGGGAUAUCUUGCAGAGCAAGCGGGUUUCGACAAGGGUGUUUUUAAUGUGGUCACCACUUCGAAUAAAAACACCCCUUCGCUAUCAGAAGCCUUACGCAAACAUGAAUUGGUCCACAAGGUCUCCUUUACUGGUUCAACUCGUGUAGGCAGUAUUAUCGCAGGCCACUGUGCUGUCAGUCUCAAGAAGGUUACUAUUGAACUUGGUGGUUUAUUCAAAACCGAAGACGAGGUCGUCAAGCUGGCUAAUGAUACUGAAAUGGGCCUUGCGAGCUAUGUUUUUACCAAGUCUAUUGAUCGAUGCUGGCGAAUGAUGGACCGUUUGGAAGCAGGAAUGGUCGGGGUCAAUACUGGAAACUCUUCUGCCGCUGAAUCUCCUUUCGGCGGGAUGAAGAUGUCAGGUAACGGAAAGGAAUCUGGCAAGAACGUCGCUGUUGCAGAGUACCUUGUCUCUAAAACAUGUACUUUGACCCUUGAGCGCUGA